GUUCAUAAUGCUGAAGUUCAACAGCUGUUGCUGCGCGUCCUCAGUCAGUCACCACGUGAUUGGGUUGACAAACAUGACAGAUGUAUGGCGUUUGGAUACUUUGCCAUCUGACGUUUUGAUUUUAAUAUUCGAUUAUUGCCAUGCGUUCGACUUGGUGCGACUCAGCGAAGUUUGUAAACGGUUCUACGAUAUCAUACGAGAAGAAACACUUUGGAUCAAGAAAAGCAAACAGCCGAUCGCGACGAAUCAAACUUCGAGAAAAUUUCGCGAAAGGUGCAAUUCAUUACUAUGUUUGCGUACAAAAUGGCACGUUUCAAACAAUUGGCAAUACGGCAAAUACGAGAGAAAGAUUAUUUUUUCUCAAAAUAUCAAACUUAUACCAAAAAUUCAACUAACCAAAGACGUUUUAUGGUGGAGUGGCGGAAAUCAAUUGUAUGGUUUUAGACGCACUGAACCAUUUCAGGCAAAUAACAGAAUGUUUAUUGAUGAUUAUGUUAGGAGUGAUAUUUGCAAAUUCGUUAUUAGAAAUGAUUGUAUCGUUACAGGUCACAGAGAUGGAAGUCUACAAUUUUGGACAAAACCAGAAUGUAACCAGAAUAUAAAUUUUUACUUCAGUAUAGACGGAGCUCAUUCUAGGAACGUAAAUGCACUGGAUGAAACAUGUAGCACUAUUGUAUCAGGUUCCAAUGAUGGAACUGUAAAAGUUUGGGGACCCCUUGGACAAGGCAUGUUAAAUGUACCUUUAGCAACAAUAAACAUUACAGAGUGGGUGUGUUCUCUUUCAAUUGAUCCAACGAGUAAAAAUGUUGCUGUAGGCUCUGCUGGCGAAAUUGAUACGCCCCACCUUCAUAUAUUUGAUCUUGAAUAUUACAAGGAUUCUGAUAUACUAAAGCCAGAUAAAACAAGAUGCGCAGGAACUUUAGAUAUGGUUUGGAAUAGCCCACAAAUCUUACUUACCUGCGGAUAUGAUACUUGUAUUCGUAAAUGGGACUUGAGAACUGGAACGUGUGUAUAUUCGUGGCCAGAUCCAACGGAUGCAACUGUGUAUUGUUUAUCAUCAGACUACCAGCACACUAUGAUUACUGGAACUAAAUUUAACUGCAAAGCUGUCCUUUGGGAUCAAAGACAGAAAAAUUACAUACAGUUUUACUUCAUGAACCUUCGUAGAAUGUCAAGUCCUAUUUAUUCUUUAAGCUUUGACAGUACACAUUUAUACGGCGCAACAGAUCAACAUUUAGUCGAAUUAAACUUCUCAGGGUACUCGUACAAAGAAUCCAAUUAUAAAGAAAUUCUUAAGUAUGAAUAAGUUGACGCGAAUAGAUCCGAAUUAGAUGUAUAAUGAACGCAUAAUAUUAUUAAGUAUAUAAAAUAAGAAACAAUAUGUGACUGAUACAGACUAAGGUACUUUUGAAAUAUUGGAAAAUUUAAUUGUAGAUUAAGAAAUACGUCACGACUGCAAUAAUUAUUAACAUUUUAUUUAUAUCAACAAGUAUCCAUUUUCUGCAAGGCUCUUUUUUAAAAAAAUAAUUAUUAUAAAAUGUAAGAAAUUUGAUUUAAUGCAAUGAAUAUUGUACAAUUUAUUUGUAAAUUCAUAAAAUAUUGCACUACUUGAAUUUUUAGCUUGUAACUUGAAUUGUAUAAGAAACUUCGCAAUUCUGAAGACAAAUUUGUGAUAUGCAAAAAAAUAUAUUUGUUCGAACUAAUUUAA